GUUCCCGAACCGCGCGACCGUGAGUAUUUGACGUCAUUCAAAGAACUCUUUGCCCAUUGUAUCUUGGCUUUUGUGCUGGAAGAGAACUCGCCGUUAUAAUGCACGUCGAUUCUAAGUCACAUGUCUACACUCAAGGCAGCGACGAUAUCAAAUCGAGUCAUUCGACGCAAGCGGAAGCGGGCCGCCGCCGAUGGAGCAUCCCAAGAUACCAACGAUUCUGUCGACUUCGACCUUACUGCAGAUGCCCAUUAUGAGGAGCAAAACCCAGAGGAUGUAGAUGCAGGGGGUCUGAAGGCGGCGAAAGCCAAGAAAGGGCCUAUUGCUCAGCGCCAGAAGAAGGCACCGACAAACUCGACCGUUGAAUGUGUCAUCGACUGGCCACCCGUGUUCAAAGAACUGGACAAGACGCAUCGGGCGCUGAAUCUGGUCUUCACAUUUUGCUGUACUCGCAAGCACCUAGCGACAACUUUUGACACCAUCCGAUCUGCCGUAGAGACUCAGACCAAGAAGGAGUUGAGAAUUGACGAUGUGGCUGCUAUCGUCGCUUUGCGGCCCGAGGGCAUCAACUUCGCCUACGUAGACGAGUUGAUGCUCCAGACCGAUAUCAAAGGCGCUGAGAGAGAUGCCAUAUUCAAGUCAGGGCGAUCGAAGGAUUUCAGGGCGCAAGGACCGGCUCCAGAUGCAUCUGUUGGAGGAUUGACUGGUUUGGAAGAGCUUGGCUCUCAUCAUCCAGACGAGCUUCCCGUCCGCGGCAGCGAAGUACUUUACUUCGAGUUCAUCGAUGGCGACUUGAAGCGCCAAGUUCAGCAUAAGAAGACGGGGGAGCCAACCAAGCCCAACCGGAAACUCCGAGAUGAGGACCUCAAAAUGCCUGUCUACAGCCAGAAGCAAAUGACAUCAUUGAUCGAGAAGCGCAACCAGAAGUUCACGAAUGUUGUGAGCAGUUUCUUAAAUCGAUGCGUCGAGGAGAACUUGGACCCUGAGCUGAUGCUCCGUCAAGAAGCUGAAGCGUACAUACCCGUGCCUUCCGAGUCGAAAGAGUCUACCCCGAAGCCCGAACCGAGCACACUGCCAAAAGAAAUUCCCAAGGAGAGGAAGAGCAUACCGGAGAUCGUACAGGAGCUCAAGGAUAGCUCUUGGUAUACUGGUCAGAUCGUCCCGGACGGCCAUCGUGUCUUUGAGGCUCAAGACCCCGUUUAUGGUGAAUUGGACUUCCUCCUCAGUCAAGACAUGGUCAAUGCUCUAUACAACGCAAAAGGUAUCACACAAUUCUAUGCUCACCAAGCCGAAGCCAUCAAUAGCCUCGAAGCGGGUCGUCACGUCGUGGUUUCUACGUCGACUAGCUCAGGGAAGUCUCUGAUCUAUCAACUGCCGGUGCUGCAUGCCUUAGAGCAGGACUACAAUGCGAGAGCAAUGUACAUCUUUCCCACGAAAGCACUGGCGCAGGAUCAGAAACGAAGUCUCAAGGACAUGUUGAUGUACAUGUCCGGGCUGGAGGACAUACUCAUAGAGACGUUCGAUGGAGAUACUCCUAUGCACGAUCGGAACCAGAUUCGUGACGAGGCCAGGGUCAUCUUCACCAAUCCAGACAUGUUACAUAUCACAAUCCUUCCUCAAGAGGAUAGGUGGCGGACAUUCCUUCAGAACCUGAAGUAUGUCGUGGUGGACGAGCUGCAUUACUAUAAUGGUCUCAUGGGAUCCCAUGUCGCAUUUAUCAUGAGACGGCUCCGAAGAAUAUGUGCGGCAGUCGGAAAUCGCCGUGUCAGGUUCAUAUCCUGCUCCGCGACGGUCGCUAAUCCCGAAAACUACUUCAAAACCAUUUUCGGGAUUGACAACGUACAGCUCGUUGACUUCGACGGGUCGCCGUCGGGUAGAAAGGAGUUUCUGUGUUGGAACACGCCAUUCAAAGAUCCAAGUGACUCAGACAGUGGCCGUGGGGAUGCUCUAGCCGAGUGCGCUCGCCUCUUCUGUCAACUCAUUCUGCGCGGCGUCCGCGUCAUUGCCUUUUGCCGUGUGCGAAAACAGUGCGAGGCAUUGGUCGCUGCCGCCAAGUCCGAGCUGGAUUCCCUCGGCCGCUCAGAGUGUGUGGCUCGGAUCAUGGGUUAUCGCGGUGGAUAUACAGCACAGGAUCGCCGGAGGAUAGAAAGUGAGAUGUUUGAGGGCAAACUCAUGGGCAUCGUUGCUACGACGGCACUUGAGCUAGGCGUGGACAUUGGCACCCUGGAUUGUGUCAUCACACUGGGUUUCCCUUAUACCAUUGCCAACUUGCGCCAACAGAGCGGCAGAGCUGGUCGUCGAAACAAAGAUUCACUCUCGGUCCUCGUUGGAGACUGUUUCCCCACCGAUCAAUACUACAUGCAGAAUCCGAACGAGCUUUUCACCAAACCCAAUUGCGAGCUCCAAGUCGACCUGGACAACAUGCUGGUACUGGAAGGCCACGUUCAAUGUGCUGCAUAUGAGAUGCCAAUCAGGCCUCACGAAGAUGCCAAGUACUUCUCCAAGGAUCUGGCUAAGAUAGCCGAGGAACGUUUGAUCAAAGACGAGGCCGGGUUCUACCAUUGCCACGACAGGUUCCGACCAGUGCCAUCCCGCUUCGUCGCAAUCCGAGACACAGAAGAGGAUCACUUUGCGAUCAUCGACAUCUCGCACGGCAAGAACAUCGUGCUCGAAGAGCUGGAAGCCUCACGCGCCUUCUUCACCAUCUACGACGGCGCCAUCUUCCUGCACCAGGGCAACUCCUACCUAGUGCGCGACUUCCAACCCGACCGCAUGAUCGCCAAGGUAGAGAAGGUCAAGGUCGAGUGGACGACCCAGCAGCGCGACUUUACCGACGUUGACCCCGUCGAGACGGAAGCCAUCCGAAAGAUCCCGGGCUCGCGGUCGCGCGCUUUUCAUGGCGCGAUUCGCAUCACGCAGACGGUGUUUGGGUACUUCAAGGUCGAUAAAAAGCGCCGUAUUCUUGACGCUGUGCAUGUUGAUAACCCGCCUAUUGUGAUGCAUAGCAAAGGAAUGUGGCUCGAUGUGCCUAAGCGCGCCCUGGAGAUUCUGGUUGAGCGCCGUAUUCAUGUUGGGGGAGCUAUACAUGCGGCUGAGCAUGCGGUUAUGAGUUUGAUGCCAAAUUUUGUUAUUAGUAUGCCCGGGGACGUGCGGACGGAGUGUAAGAAUGGGUUGAAGGAAUUUGCGCAUAAGGAAACCCAGCGGAAGAGGCCUGCACGAUUGACUUUCUACGACGCCAAGGGCGGCGCCGGGGGAUCGGGCAUCAGUACGAAGGCGUUUGAAUUUGUGGACUUGCUGCUAGUCCAGGCGCUCAAGAGGGUCGAAUAUUGUCACUGUCAAGAGGGCUGUGUCGAGUGUAUCUGUUCGGAGUUGUGCAAGGAGGCAAAUGAGGUCAUGAGUAAGGCCGGCAGUUCGGUCAUUCUGAGGGCGUUCUUGAAUAUGGAUAUUGAUGUCGAGGCGUUGCCGAUGGGGCCAGAGGUGGGAGAGGAUGGGAAGGGGUUGAUCGAGACGGUGGUGCUAGCAAGGCCGGUGCCUGGCAGGGAAAGGAUGUUGGUAGAUGGGGUGGAGGUCAAGGUUGAGGAUGAGGAUGAGGGAGAAGAAGGAGGAUUGGAAGCGAUAGAGCCAGUGUGAGGUUUGCUAGAAGAGGUGAGUUAGACUCGGUAUUUCGAGGAGCCUAAUUGACAUGUGCAUGGGGUUUUACAUUGGUGCUUCGGCUCAUAGAUACGAAGGCAUGUACUCGGAUGGGAGCCUCGGGAGUUCAUUAUGGUAGAUUUAUUCAAGAACGACCGUCUUUCAUGCUGUA